GACAGUUCCCAUUCUACGGCGUAGCUCGUCUCUCUCUGACACCCAGUUGGCCAAGAAACCAUGGCUUCCAUGCCUUUCUCUGCAAGUUUCUCGUCGCCCCUGUAUGGUUUCUCGCAAACCAAACAGACCACAGCUUCGUUUUCCUCUUUGCCUUCGAUGUCAUUCUCUUCUCGUUCCUUCAAAUGUUGCCUUGGGUCCUCAAAGUCGGCCUCUCUCCAUCGUGAGUUUCCUUCUAGUCCUGGAUUUCGAUUGAAAUCUCGAUCGUUUCGCGUUUAUGCAAGAACAUCUACGGAGAAAACCCUACACGAUUUCACUGUAAAGGAUAUUGAUGGGAAGGAUGUUCCUCUUAAUAAGUUUAAGGGGAAGCUUCUUUUGAUUGUCAACGUUGCUUCGAGAUGUGGUUUGACAUCAUCAAAUUACUCAGAGCUCUCACACCUGUAUGAGAAAUAUAAAAACCAAGGAUUUGAGAUUCUAGCUUUUCCUUGCAAUCAGUUUGGGGGACAAGAGCCUGGAUCAAAUUCUGAAAUAAAACAAUUUGCUUGUACCAGGUUUAAAGCAGAAUUUCCAAUAUUUGAUAAGGUUGAUGUGAAUGGACCAAACACAGCUCCAGUUUACCAGUUUCUCAAGUCUAGCUCGGUUGGAUUUUUCAAUGACCUGAUCAAAUGGAAUUUUGAGAAGUUCUUGGUGGAUAAAAACGGCAGAGUUGUGGAACGGUAUCCACCGCCAACAUCACCUUUUCAAAUCGAGAAGGACAUAAAGAAGCUCCUCGCAGCAUGACCCAUGAUGCAUAGCUGGAGAAGAAAGACAUAAAUUUCUGGAACAGGAAUGAAAAACAGAUUACUGUCCUCUGUAAUGUACAUUAUCUUAUUAUAACGUAUAUUGUUCUCUUUCACCUCUUCCUUGGUCAGAAACUCAGUCAAAGCAAAAACAUUUUUAUGAUUUGCUCUUCUCCUUUAAUAUGAUAUAUCAUAUGUGUUUUAUACAUGGUUUACAUGUUAAAAGUGCAAUUCAGUUGCACUUAGGCUUUCCGUCUAUGACGUCAAACCAUGUUUAAAGU